AUGGCUGAAGCUCCGAAGCAAGAUGGAGCGGCCGCCGGAGCUGCACCCAAAGCUCCGGAGCCUCCCAAGCGCAAUCCAGCGUUCCGGGCUUUAGGAAUUCCGAACAUCAGAUGGAGGCUGCCGUCGCGGAAUUGGAUGAUCUUUCUCACAAUCACCGGCUCCUGGACUGCUGCUAUAAUGUACGAUCGACGGGAGAAAAAGAAGAACCAGAGGAAAUGGUGCGACCUUGUUGCGCACAUUGCCCAGCAGCCAUUACCGGCGGAUCAGAUGGCACGAAAAAUCACCGUGUUCCUUUCUGCGCCACCGGGAGAUGGCAUUCGGCCAUCACGCGAAUACUUUAAAGAAUACGUGAAGCCUAUUCUUGUCGCCGCAGCCAUGGAUUAUGAUGUGAUAGAGGGUCGCAAAGAAGGCGACGUGAGGUAUGGUACGGCCGAGCAGAUCCGACGAUUGCGAAGGAAGAAUGGCGAAAAUCAUGCAGUGCCCGAAGAAAUGGACACGCAGAAAGCUAUUGAGCAGGUACGGGAAAAGAUGCAGAUCACUUCUGAGCCUGCCCCACGUGGUGACUUGGUGCUGGGACGCCAUACGUGGAAGGAGUAUAUCCGGGGACUGCAUGAGGGCUGGCUUGGGCCACUCGAUCCUCCUCCCGAUCCGGCUCCGGAGCCACAGCCAACACCUUUUGUUCACACCACCGGUGAAUCAUCGGAUAGCCCUGAGAUGAAGACGAUACACGAGAGCGAAGGUCAGACAGAGGAGAAGAAGGAAGAGAAGCCGGAAGAAAAACCCGAGGAAAAGAAGAAGCCCUACCCUCCGCCAGCGUAUUUGCCUAUCUCGACCUACCCGUCAUCAGCACUUGCACCAACAAUGCCCGCCAUUCUUGAACCGUCACAACCCAUCUACCAAUAUCACCUUCUCGGCUUCCUCAAAACCCCCAUCCGUGUAUGGAACUACCUCAAUCAACGCACUCUUGCCGAUAAUGUCGGCCGCGAAACAGCAGCCAUCGUUCUCGCUGCUUCUAGACCAUAUUACACCUCUGACUCCAGCUUCUCAGAGGCGGCUGCCACUGAUGAGAGCUUUCCGGUCUCAAGCCCGGACUCGGAUGCACCGUCAAACCCGUCAAAUGCCUGUGAGCAAGCCUCGCUACUUGCUGUGGAGGAACGCACAUGGCACAAGUCUGUUCGCAAGCCUCUAAAAGAAGGCGACGAUUCUGAACGGAUUUGGGUGAACGACAUGGCGAUCGAUCCGCGGAUCACGGAUCGUAUGCGUCGCUUUGAGCUCGAUUUUGAGGAGGCAGCCAGGGCAGAACGUAUCGGCAGGGGCGAAGAAAAGACACGAGCAUACGAGGUGCAGGACCUAAGAAAUCAGCCAGUGAAGCGAGACCUUGCAUACGAGGACGACUAG